CGCCUACAACAAAAAUCAGUCGAGAAAUCGAACUUACCAAUUCUUUUUGGAAUCAUUAAUACCAGCUCACGUUUUACCACGUUGAGAUACCCUACACUUUUGUUUUGCCUGGCUGGUGUUGCAGAUGGAGGAAAGCACUGAAAUCGAUAAUAUAGCUACUCAAUCUCGUGCUCAGAGCACAGAAGAUAUGAAAGAAAAAUCUGAAGAAUCCGAGAUCUCAGGGACUGUAGUUUCACAUGCAAAACAGGAACCGAUCGUUGUUCCGAAGUUUGCAGAAGCGAGGGUGGCAUUGGUGGUAACGAAAAAUAGCGACUUGUUUACUCGUAAUGACCCCUCGCAGUGGCUAUUGAGACAUAUGUUUCAGCCAUUGGGGGUGCAAGAAUACGAUAGCGUGGAUGUUUUGUAUCUAUCUAGCAGUCGAAGGUCCAUGUGGCAGGUUGCACGGCCGCAACAACAAAUGACACCCACUACGCCAGUUCAACCAUCCAACGGCCUUUGGCAUCCUUCCAACGAAUAUGGCUCGCAGACCUCUCCACAAGUUCGAUCGCCAACUCCGACCAACGCUGGCGAACUCCUUUCCAAACCAUCAACGAAGAUUACAAAGAAAUACCUCGUCACACCCCAGACAAAUGUUUUGGCAAUUUCACGAGAAUACCGUUUUGUAUUUAUGAUUGAUUUGAGCUCCAGUUUGGCCACUGUGGACGGCUUGACUGGACGAUUGCUCAUAGAAGAUGCUUUUGAAACGUUGACCAAAUGUUUGUCUGGUCUUGUAAAGCCUUAUGGCUUUGAUAAUCCUUACAAGGCUCUCGGCGCUUUGGUACGUAUCUGUGCUGCAGGACACCAAUACUUCAGUAACUAAUCAUGAUUUGAUGCCUGCAGAUCGAGCCGGUCAUACAUGUUACAGUUCUUGCCGAGUGUUCGCAGUUUGCCUCUAAUCUCAAUGUCAUACCCAUCCUAGAAGAAUACCCAACAUUGCGCGUGUUAU